CAGCUGAGUUGUUCAUGCUGACGUGAAGAUUAUGACAUUUUUUCGUUAACAGAACAAAUGGCAGAUUCUUUUUUUGGAUUUAACACGUCCUUAUCAGGCUAUUUAGAUGAAGAACUGCCUGACGGACCUGGACCAGAGUUGGAAGAUGAAGAGGAGGAAUAUGAUGCUCUCAAUGAUGAAACGUUUGGUGCUGAUGCACUUGCAGAAGGAGACUGGGAAGAAGACCAUGAGAAACUGGCAGAACUGGCUGAGCAGUCUAGACUCGCUAUUCAUGGAAGUGAGGGUGCAGCAACAGGGCCUAUAUCGUCGACACCUCGACGCAACCAGCCCCUGUCUCGCACACAGUCGCUUCCUCAUUCUGAUUCCUCAGAAGACUUUGAUCUUGAGGCUAGAGUUGCCCAUCUUAUGCUUGAAGAGGAAGAUGAAGGUGAUCUAGGAGCAGAUGAUGUUGUUUUAGAGAAUGGAGACCUAGAUGCAUCAGAAUCUCAUCAACACAAUAAUCAUUUAGAGAAUGUUGCAAACUUUCCUAAAGUUGCAGACUUGGGUGCUUUCAAUAACAUGUCUCCAUCAAGUUUCUCCAUGUGGGGUGUUGGAAAGUUGGAUGGUCUCACAUUUCAAACAGCUACCACCACUGUUUCCCCAAAACCACUGCCAGGGGGGAAGAGUGUGUGCACAGUGGAAGAACUUGAGCGAGGUCUCAUCCAGCAGUCGGCAGUGUCUUCAGCUUCUAGCCAACCACCUCCACCAGCAGCUGUGCUGCGUGUUGAAGACAUCGAGCGGGAGCUUACUAUGUCAUCUGGACACAGUAAUAGCAGUGGCAGCAGUGCAGGACACUCGUCUGUUACUACUACUAGUCCUGCUGCUGGGCCAAUUGCUCAGCCUACUAGCCCUCCUCAGGUUCCACAAUUUCCACCUCCUCCAAUAACUGUGCAGUCUCAGGAAGCUGUUCGUGGUACCCAGGCAACUCUAGGGCGGGGCAUAAGUUUCCCCCCACCAGUGUUAGGACUGACUCGAGCAGCAAGUCAUCCGAAUGGCCCUUUUGUGGUGCCUCCACCGAGAGUAGUUGCACCACCUCCUGCCCAACCACCGCCUGGUAUCCACCCAGUGCUGUUGCACCAGGCGAACCACCGACUAGGUUCAAAUCCAAACCUCUUAAGAUUCAUACCUCCACAUUUAAUGGGCCAUCCUGGUACUGUUGGGAAAAGCCUACAAGUCUUUCCAGGUGAUAAUGGAUUGCUGAGAAAUGUGCCACACAGGGGGCCAAAUGUUCAAUUUCGUCCAGGGUUUCCCAUGGGGGACCAUAUGUGGCAGCAGCAACAGAAUCAACACUUACAGCAACAGAAUCACCCACACCACCCAAUGCAUCACCACCCACUCCAUAUCCAACAGCAACAGUUACAGCAGCAAAGGUUGCGGGCAGUGGGGAAGGCUGUCAACCACAGACAGCAUUACAAUCAUCAGCAGCAGAAUGGUGUGGUGGAUGAAUAUGCUGGUCUCAUGAGCCACCGUGAACGGCAGUGGUUGCUUGGCAUUCAAAUGCUACAGCUUAACACUAACACACCACACAUAGAUGAUUAUUAUUAUACUGUAUUUAUGUCUCGCCAACUGAAAAAUGAGCAGAAAGAUGGCAGUGUCCUUAUUGCUGCUCAACAACACCACCAGCAGCUGCAGCGGCAAAGGGAGCGCAGGGAUAGUCAGCGGUCGGAAGGAGGCCAGUCCUCACUCCAACAGCCCCGGGUCUACACUCCUGCUCAGUUUGAGAACUCACUUGGCAAACUUCAGGUUGGAAGUGUCACUGCACCAAGGAAGAUAAUUGAUAUGGACAUCAUGAACACAGAUACCAGUGAUGCAGUAUUGCCACCACAGCAGAAGGACUUGAGGAAAACUAAGCAGCUUCUUUUGGAAAUAGAAAGGCUGUACAUGUUAAUACUUCAAGUGGAAGAUCUGAAGAGCGACAUACCAGAAAUACGGGAAGCAGUGACAGAAAAUAGAGAAGACCUCCUGCGCAAAAUAGUCUCUGCAGUCCUGCUGGGUGAUCGUCUGGCAAGCAUUCUCUGCGUCCGGAAGGGCAGGAAGCUUAUACUACGGCUGCUGCCACAAUUGCCAUUGGACUCAUCCAGCCUGGCUCAGCUGUGGGGAAGGGUGGUUCGUGGCCUUGCUUCACCACCAAGGCGAGAUGUGGAAGCUCUGUAUCCUUAUUUCCAUCAAUGGCUCGCUGCCCAGGCUGAAAUGUUGCCAUUAAUCAGCAUUGUACGCAGUCCACCUCGCUCCUUCUCUGUCACUAACAAGUUUGCACUUUCUGUGUACGGUGCCCUUUUGGAACGAGCUGAACAACUUUCGUCAGCAGCUGAAUCUGUGCAAUUGGAGGAGUGGGCAGUUUUUGUUCAAAGACUGGGAGCAGCAGCUGCUGGCCUCCCAUCAACACCUCUACCUGACAUGCUGCAGCCACUGGAUGGAACCCUUGCUGCAUCAAACCUGAAGCGUCACUGCCCUCCAUGUAGUGGUUGCGAAUGGCUGACUCGAGCAUUUGGCCCUCGGGAUUCUUCCGUAUCUCGCUAAGAAAAUGGCAGAGGUGUACUUGUGUCCUGGAAUUUCAUUAAUUCUACUGCAUGUCUGCUGUUUGUGUGCACAUACUUAAUUAUCCGAAGCUGUUAACCACUGAGAAGUCUCUUGCCCAUUUGUGGUUGUUGCACAUUAGUUUGUGUAUUCCUACUUUUGAAGCUGUAAAGUUAAUAUGUAAUGUUUUGAAAUGAGACAUGUGAUAUAUGAGUAAGUCUCAGAGAAAACUAUUCUGGCAGCUAUAUAUAUCUGUAAACUAGUAACAUUGAUUACCUCAUUCUUACAUAGUAAGAAUGGGUUGUACGAUUUGUAUCUGUAAGAAGUGAUGAAAUGACAUGUGGAUAAGAAGUAUGUGUGACUAGUGUACCUGCCAAUUCUAUACGUGAUAAGUCUGAUGAUACUACAGUGUGUAGAGUGACACACUGUAAAAUUAGCUGUUUUUGUUCAUUUAUUUGAUAGAUUAAUAUGUUCGUGUAUCGAGUGUGUGUAAUAGUUUUGUGUCCUUAGUCCAGAAAGCAUCUAUCUUUGUUGCUAAGAGAAGCACAUUACAAUCACCCUUUUGGUUUCUUGUCUCUCUAACUGGAACACAAAAGAAAUUACUUUUUAUUUUUCAGAGAGGUAGGAAGAUAAACUGUG